AUGACCCCAGGGUUUGAAGCAGCAGUGGCCACGGCAGUGGUGGCAGUUGUUUGGAAGGAGGGGGCACUCGGGAGGGGCAGCAGGAGGUGCCAGAAGCUGCCUCCCCCAGCCCAGCACAGACAGUGGCGUCUCUGGGGCUGUGGAUGCUGUAGACAGCUCCUUGGACGGACAGACAGUGGAACACUUGGCCUAGCCAUGGGGUUCAGUGGGGGACAGUUCUGGCUGUUGAUGCCGCCGCCGCUGCUGCUGCUGACUGGUCUCCAUUCCGGGACAUGCCUGGAGCACAUCAGCUAUGUGCCCCGGCUCUCAAAUGCCACCCUGGCAGGGAAGCUCACGCAGUCCACCUUCACCCUGGAGCAGCCGCAGGGUCAGUUCAGUCACCUAAACAUCUCCGACUUUGAUGCCAUCUGGCUGGUGGUGGCCCACAGCAACGCCACCCAGAACUUCGCUGCCCCACAGAGGUUGAAGGAUUCUCCUGCCCCUGCUGACCUACCCCGGAAAGGCUACUACCUCACACUGAGGGCCAACCGGGCACUCUACCCAGGUGACCAGGCCAGCAACCAGCUCCAAGUCCUCCGCGUGGGCAACGACACCCGCUGCUCCCCAACCACAAAGGGCUGCAACCACCCUCUCCCCGGCCCAGGCCCCUACCGGGUGAAGUUCUUGGUGCUGAGUGAGGACAGGGGACUUCUGGCUGAGACAGAGUGGUCUGGUGAGACUCGCCUGCAGCAAGCUGAGGUACUCCAGGCAGCCCCAGGGCCGCAGACGGCAAGCACUGUGGUCAUCAUCGCCUUCCUGUCAGUCUUGCUGGCUGUGCUGCUCACCGCCCUCCUGGCCCUGCUCAUCUACACCUGCUUGGACACCUGUGGGAGCAUCACCAUUUCUGGCCCCGAGGAGUCGGUGCACGUGAGAAGAUACAACACUCACCACAUGUUCAGCCCUCCAGCCGUGGGGGCCCCCAUCCGCCCCUCAGCCUUGCCCUUAGUCCAGGCUGCAGAGCCUGGGAUGGGAGACGUGCCGCAACCUGCUUCUCAAGUGUCCUCUCCCCUGGCUGUCUCUGACUGGGCAUCGCGGAAGCUGCUCAUGACAAACACACCAGCCCCACAGCCAAACCUCGAGCUGCCCCCAGCCUCACUCCUCCUCCUUGUUCCCUGUUCCUCUGGCACCCAGGCCGAAUGCUGGGAACAGACCCAGACCACACUCUUUCCCUGA